AUGAGUCAUUUCAGAAUAGCGUAUACGCUGUUGUAAUCUUCUAUGUUCUCUUUGAAUUAGUGUGAUUAUAGCUAUUACAAGUAAAACAACAAUAACAAAAACUCCUAUAAAGACAUAUAUAGCUGA